UUGGUUUCGGGCAGUAGGGCUCGAGGUUAGAGUCGAGGCGAGUUGCUUUCUGGACUUAUACCGCGAUGAUACCGCUCGGGCGGGAGUAACCCGGCUUUUGAGGACGUUUCGCGGAUAAGUUGCCUUUUGGAAGAUGGUCCCCGAAAGGAACGAAGUGACUUGGAGUCCAACAGGGAAAGACAAAGAAUCCUUUGAGGCUCUGUACAAGAGAGGGACUCUGCUGGGCAAAGGUGGCUUUGGGACAGUCUACGCUGGACACAGGAUCGCUGAUGGACUUCAGGUUGCGAUCAAACAUGUUGCCAGGAACAAGGUCUCAGAGUGGGCAAAGCUGCCUAACGGGAUGGUGGCACCUAUGGAGGUGGCGCUGAUGAAGCUUGUGUGCUCGGGAGCCGGGCACCGUGGCGUGAUUCGGCUCUUGGACUGGUAUGAGGCUCCUGAAGGUUUCUUCCUGGUGCUGGAGAGGCCCGAGCAUUGCCAGGACCUCUUUGACUACGUGACUGAGCAAGGGCCCCUCCCUGAGAAGCUAUGCCGGCAGUUUUUCCGCCAGGUGGUGGAAGCGGUCUGCCACUGCCAUGCCCAGGGGGUGGUCCAUCGGGACAUCAAGGACGAGAACAUCCUGGUGGACUUGCGCACCGGCAACAUCAAGCUGAUCGACUUUGGUUCUGGAGCCAUCCUGAGGGAUUCUGUCUACACAGACUUUGAUGGAACACGUGUGUACAGUCCUCCUGAGUGGGUGGAAACCCAGCAGUACCAUGCUCUUCCGGCCACGGUCUGGUCCCUGGGCAUCCUCCUCUAUGAUAUGGUGUGUGGCGACAUCCCCUUUGAAAGGGAUGAGGACAUUCUGGCUGCCAGUGUGGAGUUCCGCACCCCGGUCUCUACUGACUGCCAAGAUCUCAUCCGAUGGUGCUUGGCCCUGGAGCCUUCCACGCGUCCCACACUGGAGCAGGUGCUCUUGCACAAGUGGCUAAAACUGGACCCCCUUCUUCAAACCGAAGAACUGAAGACGUCUACAUCUCUCAGGGCCACACUUUGCAACAGAAACAAUGGAGAGACCUAACUCUUCUUUUCUUGCCUUCUCCCCCCCAUGGGACGGAUCGGUGCUAAUGGGACUGUUGCUCACUGAACCUCAGGCAGACAAACUUGGUUACAGGCCGAGAAAAAACGUUAACCUGGUUCUACAGGUUUUUAAAACAAACUGAAUGAAUUAAUGAGGGAAACAGGGCUGUGGAAAGGAAUUGUAAUAUUCCAACUCAGAAGUCUUGCUCUCAGCAGCCCAAAUGAUGUUUGACCAGACAUCUCCAUAAAUGUAAAUACUUGUGUAUUGUUAUUCCCCUAACCUAUGGGGAGAAAUGGACUUCAGGCAUGGUUUUCUACUGGCCCUCAAUAAUUAUUUUCAUUCCCUCUGGGACUUACCAGAGUCUUAUAUGUGUGUGUUUAUGUAUUUUUGGGUGUGUGUGUGUCCUUUUAUUUUAUUUUUUAAGGAAACAUUUGCGCAAACAAGUUUUGUCCAACAGUGAAAUCUAUUUAAUAAAUUUAAAAAUCA